AUGACUACUCUUGCGCCGCCACCGAAACUGAGCCAUCUCUUCACUCUCCGCUGUGCGGUGGAUCCGCCCUUGGAGAUCGGGCAUGGUCCGUACGGGCGCCGUCGCUGUGUGCCUAUCGUCUGUGGCUCGGUGUGUGGGCCUUAUUUCAAUGGAGGGGUCGUUCCUGGCGGAGCCGAUUUCAUUAACCUUGAGCUUGCCAGGCUGGUCGAGGACAAUCAGACCACACAUGUCAACACAAACUACGUGAUCAAGAGCGACGAUGGCGCGCUUCUCUACAUUCGCACUGAGGGAACUCGCGCCGGCCCUCCAGAGGUUCUGCAGGCACUGAUGGAGGGCGGCCCCGUGGAUCCGAGCCAGUAUUGGUUUCAUCUGCACGUUAAAAUCGAGACAGGUUAUGAAAAGUACAAGUGGAUGAAUGAUCGGGUCAUCGUUGGGAGGGCGACGAGAGCCAAGGGCGAAGUCGCAUACGAUGCGUAUUUUUUGGAAAACAGUCCGUAA